UAUAUAUAUGAAAAUAAAAUCAAUUAUAAAAUUCCAAGUGUGUCAGAAUAACUCAAUGUUUCGGAAUCGCAUAUUAAAUUGCAAACGAGUGGACCUACAAUGAGUUCGCGCAGAACGGGUGCUGGGCCCACGCUCAACUUCAAAGCGGUGCUGCUAGGCGAAGGCUGCGUGGGCAAAACAUCGCUGGUAUUGCGAUACAUGGAGGACAAGUUCAACACACAGCACCUCAGCACGCUGCAGGCUUCUUUUGUGACCAAAAAGGUAACACUGCCAGAUGAGCAACGCGCCCAGCUCAAUAUUUGGGACACAGCCGGGCAGGAGCGUUUCCAUGCAUUGGGGCCUAUUUACUAUAGAGGCUCGGAUGGCGCAUUGCUGGUGUAUGACAUCACCGAUCACGACUCCUUCCAAAAGGUCAAGUCUUGGGUACGCGAACUUAAACAGAUGCGAGGCAGCGAGAUUGCGCUGAUUAUUGUCGGCAACAAGACUGAUCUUGAGGACCAGCGCGCCAUUAGCUAUGAGACUGCACUGCGCUAUGCGCAGACAGUUGGCGCACAGUACGUAGAGACGUCCGCCAAGGAAAAUGAGGGUGUCAACGAGCUGUUCGAACUGCUUACCCAGCUAAUGGUGGAGCAUUAUGGUAGUAAGCAGCAGAGCGAUACCAAUGCAUUGCGAUUGCAAAAUUCCAGAUUGGCGCCCAAUGCCGGCGCCAUCAGCAUCUCGGAUGACGCCGAGGCGGAUCAAGAGAAUGGCCACGCAGCCGCCGCACACCGAUCCUGCUGUGGCAUCUAGGCUGCCUGUCAGUCGUCUAUUGUGAUAAUACAUAUGUACUAGUAGAUCUGUAAUCGAUGUGUAUUUGUAUAUAAUACGUGUAUUUAUGUAUCCCCUAUACCAUAUAGUACCAUUUACAAUGUGUUGGCAUGUGUAGAUAAGUACGAUGUUAUGAAUUACCCAUUUUGAAGGAGCACCCAAAACUAUGGUUCAGUAUA